AACCUUAUCUCCACAGGUACGAACGAACCACGUUACCAUUUACCAGAAACAACAACAACAACAAAACCCUUCUACUCCAACUCCAACAACACGGUCCAAUUAGCUUCACGGGUUCGUUCGUUCUCAGGCCCAAUCUCCAUCUCUCUCCGGUGAGCCCUCUCUCUCUCUCUCUCUGCAAAACCCUAGAUCCUUCUCUGCUGGAAGGUACAUAUACCAAGAUAAGAUGGUUACUGUUGAAGAAGACAAAGUGGCUGUGACCCCUGAUGUGAAAAAUGUACCAGUCAGCACUGAUUUUCAGCCUAGCAACGAUCUGGCAAAUUCUGAAAAAAAUUCUGACAAUAAUGUCAAAGAUUCUGAAUUUCAGGCCAACAAGGAUCUCUCCAAUUCCAAGGCAGAGCCUGACAAAGGACUUCCUGCAGCUGAAAGUGAAAAACCAGCCUCUGAUGGUGAUGCAAAUUCAGGGACUCCCAACCAUGAGUUGAACAACACAGAAGAACUUCCCGCAGCUGAAACUGAAACACCAGUCUCAGGUGGUGAUGCAAAUGCAGGGACUUCCAACCAUGAGUUAAACAACACAGAAGAACUUCCUGCAGCUGAAAGUGAAGCUCCAGCCUCUGGUGGUGAUGCAAAUGCAGGGACUUCCAACCAUGAGUUAAACAACACAGAAGAACUUCCUGCAGCUGAAAGUGAAGCUCCAGCCUCUGGUGGUGAUGCAAAUGCAGGGACUCCCAACCAUGAGUUGAACAACACAGAAGAACUUCCUGCAGCUGAAAAUGAAACACCAGCCUCUGGUGGUGAUGCAAAUGCAGGGACUCCCAACCAUGAGUUGAACAACACAGAAGAACCUACUCACAAUGAGCCAGAGAACUCUGAAUCACUAUCCGGCAAGCAGUUGAGUAAUGCUGAGGCACCACACAACAAUCAGCCAGUUGAUUCUGAGGCACCACUCGACAAUCCAUCUGUAAACUCUGAAGCACUCCCCACUGAUCAGCUUGAUCGUACUGAAGCUGCUCACGAGAAGCCUGCCUCUGAGACACCACCCAGCAACCAGCAGGACAAUGCUGAGGCACUUCCAAAUAAUGUUGUGGUUAAUUCUGAACUACAGACUGGCAAUGAUGUGGUUGUAUCUGAAACACAGCAAGGCAAUGAGGUGGUUUUAUCGGAAACACAGGCCAGUGACACCGUUUCGGAAACACAGCCAAGCAAUGAGAUAGCCAUGUCUGACUCACAGCCCAACGCUGAGGUGGUCAUGUCUGAUGCACAUCUCAGCAGUGAUAUAGUCAUGUCUGAGACACAUCCCUGUAAUGAGACUGCCAUGCAUGAGGCACAGAUCAGUAAUGAUGUUCUCAUGUCUGAAGCUCUGCCUGAAAAUGAGUUGGCGAAUUCCACUACAGAUCCCAACAAUCAACUUUCGCAUCCUGACACUCUUUCUCAUGAUCAUCAGUUCUCUCAUUUCGAUUUGAUACCUGAAGAUCAACUACCCCAACCUGAACCUCUGCCCAAUUGUGAGCCGCUGCCUAGUUCUGAACCACUUGCAGACAGUCAUCCCACAGACAUCAAACCUAUACCUCAUGAUCAUCUGAACCAGUAUGAUAUGGGCCCCAACAAUCAUCUGAAUCAUUCAGAGGCGCUAUCCAAUCAUCAGCUAAAUGAUUCUGAGACAUUUUCCCAUGAACAGCUAGCCAAUUCCCAAAUGGUGCCUCACUACGAGCUGGAAAAUAGUGAAACACUGCACCAGAAUCAUCUAGUCAGUUCUCAUGCACACUAUGAGAUUGUCAAUGCUAACAACGUACCCAGCUACGAGAUAGUGAAUGCUGAAACUCCACUGCACUCUGAGGAGCCUACUCCAGAAACUCAGCCAAGCAAGAGGAGGAAAAGGAAGUCUAUAGUAUGGGAUCACUUUACCAUAGAAACAGUCAGUGCUGGUUGUAGAAGAGCAUGCUGCAAGCAAUGCAACCAAAGUUUUGCAUACAGUACUGGUUCAAAAGUUGCUGGUACCAGCCACCUUAAACGGCACAUUGCCAAGGGGACAUGCUCAUCUCUGCUGCGUCAGAAUCAAUCGAGUCCAUAUACACCACGUGUAAGGGGAAGCGGUGCUGGCAAUACAAGCACUAUUAGCAAUGCACCAAAACGACGUUAUAGGUCUCCUAAUACUCCUUACAUAAUUUUUGAUCAAGAUCGUUGCCGCCAUGAGAUUGCUAGGAUGAUCAUUAUGCAUGACUACCCCCUUCACAUGGUUGAGCAUCCCGGAUUUGUUGCAUUUGUCCAAAAUCUGCAGCCCCAGUUCAAUAUGGUUACCUUUAACACUGUCCAGGGAGACUGUGUUGCAACUUACCUGAUGGAAAAGCAAAACCUUAUGAAAUAUUUUGAGGGAGUACCUGGACGGUUAUGUCUGACACUAGAUGUUUGGACCUCAAGUCAAUCUGUGGGUUAUGUAUUUAUAACUGGACAUUUUGUUGACAGUGAUUGGAAGCUGCAGAGGAGAAUCCUCAAUGUCGUGAUGGAACCAUACCCUGAUUCUGACUCUGCUAUCAGCCAUGCUGUAGCGGUUUGCCUUUCUGAUUGGAACAUUGAGGGCCGGCUAUUUUCUAUUACUUGUAAUCAUGCACUGAGUGAAAGUGCCCUUGGGAAUCUCAGAUCCUUACUCUCAGUGAAAAAUCCACUUAUCCUCAAUGGCCAGUUGCUAGUUGGACAUUGCAUUGCCCGUACUUUGAGCAAUGUUGCAAAUGAUUUGUUGAGCGCAGUAGAGGGCAUAGUCAAAAAAAUACGGGACAGUGUAAAAUUUGUCAAGACUUCUGAAUCUCAUGAGGAAAAAUUCCUGGAGCUCAAGCAGCAACUUCAGGUCCCGAGUGAAAGGAGUCUUUUUAUUGACGAUCAAACCCAAUGGAAUACAACAUAUCAGAUGCUGGUGGCAGCUUCUGAGCUAAAGGAAGUAUUCUCUUGUUUGGACACUUCUGAUCCUGAUUACAAGGGAGCCCCAUCUAUGCAAGACUGGAAGCUGGUUGAGAGCCUCUGCACGUACUUGAAGCCCCUUUAUGAUGCUGCAAACAUUCUGACCCCGACAACUCAUCCUACUGCUAUUACCUUCUUUCAUGAAGUCUGGAAAUUGCAGUUGGAUAUGUCUCGUGCUGUUAUGAAUGAGGAUCCCUUCAUUGGCAACCUUACUAAACCCAUGCAAGAAAAGAUUGACAAGUACUGGAGAGAUUGUAAUCUGAUUUUGGCACUUGCUGUAGUCAUGGAUCCUCGUUUCAAGAUGAAGCUUGUUGAGUUCAGUUUCACAAAAAUCUAUGGCGAUGGUGCUCAUGAAUAUGUCAAGAUUGUUGAUGAGGGAAUUCAUGAGCUGUUUCAUGAGUAUGCAUCCCUUCCCCUGCCUCUGACACCGGCUUAUGCAGAAGACGGAAGCCAAACGAAGAGGGAGGGAUCUCCAGGAGGAACGCUGCUGUCAGAUCAUGGACUAACAGAUUUUGAUGUCUACAUCAUGGAAACUUCUAGCCAACAGAUGAAGUGUGAGUUGGACCAGUAUCUGGAAGAAUCACUUUUGCCGCGUGUUUCGGACUUUGACGUAUUAGGUUGGUGGAAGCUUAACAAGAUCAAGUACCCCACUCUUUCCAAGAUGGCCCGAGAUAUAUUGGCUGUUCCAGUUUCAAGUGUUCCUGCUGACUCUGUAUUUGACACAGAGAGCAAAGAGAUGGAUCAGUAUAGAAGUUCCUUGCGCCCAGAGACAGUGGAGGCCCUUGUAUGUGCCAAAGACUGGAUGCAGUAUGGAGCAGCUGAAGCUUCUAAUGCCCUUGUGAAAAUGGAAUUCUAGAUUUUAUUUGUUUUAGUAUUUUACUUAAUAGUUCCUAGUUCCCUGUUUGGGGUAUAUUUGUAUCAGAUUUUAUUUCAGAUUUGGAUGAUUGGACAUGAUUGCUUAGUGUAGCUUCCAGACUAGAUUCUAGAAUUGAUAUUUGAUACUCUCCUUGCCGUGAUAAGUCAAUGUAUAUUAGUCAAGUUCUUAAUA